AUGUUUGCUGUGAAAGUGGGCGCUAUAUUAACGCUAUUGAUAGUGGCUUUUAUAGCUACCAGUGCUCAACAAGAUAUCACUACUAGUGUUACAAAUAGUACCGAUAGUACCGGCGCUGACACUAAGCCCAGCGAUUGGGAACGGGAGGACACGGAUAGCACCACUGAUAGCGAUAGUGACGGCGACUACUAUUUCAAUGAUGAUAAGCCUGUGAGCCGUAACACAACCGAUGGCAACACCGAUACCGAGUACGAGGAUUAUGGGGCCGAUGGCGAGGGUAGGGAUGGGGGCGAUGAUGAGGCCGAGUGCACCGGCACUGGGCCUACAUUCCUGGACAAGUGGCGUGUGCUGUAUGAGCGUGGUAAAAAUGCUACCAUUAAGAAACAUGUGGAUCAUAUUAAUGAUACGUCAAAUGUGCUGAAAGUUUUUAAAGAAAAUUUAGAGUUUUUGUUUAAACCUAAUGAUGACAGUAGAGAGAGGUAUAAGGCUAUCGAGUUUUUUAGCGAAAUUGAUCUGGGUCUCGGUCACGAGUGUUUGACCGCUAUGACCCAGCUCAUUAUGGCCAUUGGUAAUGGUGAAAUAUGGGCGCUUAAAUUUAUCGACUCCAUGGGUCGGCCCCUGACCUCCGGGUUUGCUGAAGGGUUGCAAUCAAACUUUGGUGAAUACAGCGAAUGUCUGGCCAUAACGAGUCCAAAAACCAGCAAAAACACGGCCGUUAUUAACGGGCAAUACUGUCUGGUGAAGGCCAUAAUGCCGUUCCCGCCAAUACACUCGCUAAACAUGGACGCCAUGGGCGACGAUAAGCAGCUA